UUCGCUUGACCCUGUGCAUUGCUUGCAGUCUUAUCUACAGGUGAUUCGUUUAUAGAUACAAAAGUCAGAAAACGGACAAACGAAAUAUAUAUGUCAGUCUGAAAGGAUAUUUUACGUGUACAUGGUAAUAGGUAUGAUGCACUGGUUUGCCGUAGCCAUUUUCUUUUCGUCCGUGAUAUCUGUUCGCUCAGAUUAUAAAUGUGUGUGUAGUUACAGCGUUGAGACAAAUGUAUAUUCUAAGCCUUCAGUUCAAGGUGACGUUUUAGGCUACCUGUACGAGUUUGAUUGUAAACCAGAAGGAGGACAGUCAGAUAGCCAAUGGCUUACAGUUGCUUUUGAGCAUCAGCUUGGAUAUAUUGAGAGGAAUGACCAGCUACAGGUUCAAACAUGUCAAGGAAGUAUUCCCGAUGAGGACAAACUUGCUCAAAUGACAACUACAUCAACUAUGAAACUGACAACAACUACAACUCAAGAAAUAACAACAACCGAGGUGUCAACCACAACAUCAGUGAAAAUCACAAGUAAAGCUGCCCCAACCACAACCACCACGGCUAAGCAAACCACAAGUACAACUAUGCGAACACCAACGACUACAACAGCCCCCAUGUCGAGCACGUCAACUACGACAAGAGUACCCUCUACCACUCAGACGAAUAAAGUAACUACAACACCUAACACUUCUUCACCUAUCACUACAUCAACACAGAUUCCCACUACCUCAAAACCGAUACAGACAACACAAUUUAAAGCAACUACUACAAAGACACCAACGCAAACAAUGGCAGCUACAACUAUCAACCCGAUUCCAAGCGCAAACACUAUUCAAGGUCAUUUAGAAUUAUGUUCCAGUCGAAUCCAGCAAGCAGCUAAGAGAGAUGGUGCAAUUCUUGCACAGUUCGGAGACAACUGUUAUGAAGUUGAUCAAAGCAGCGUGUCAUGGUCUCAUGCUGAGUCAAUCUGCCACCAACAUGGAGGACAUCUGGCACAUAUUGCUAAUCAGAAGGAGCAGGAUUUUAUUUACAACUUUUUAGUCAAGCAUCAUAGCCAUACAGCUUGGAUAGGACUUGAUGAUAGAAACAACGAGGAAAGCUUUGAGUGGACAUCUGGUGACGCUGUAACAUAUACCAACUGGAAACCCGGACGGAAAGACUACAGGCACCAUGGUUCAGAAGACUGUGUUUUUAUGUCACCGACUACUGGUGAAUGGGACGACACACAAUGUGGAGGAAAUAACCUAUUUUCAGAAAUACUACUAGGCCAUCGUCAUGCAUAUAUAUGCCAGUUUGCGACGGUUAUCACAUCAACAGCUUCAACCUUAAAUCCAGCACUUGACGGAAACGUACAUCUAUGCGGUAAUCAUUUGAUCAAUCAAGCCUCAAGAGAGGCAGGGACACUAGCUCAGUAUGGCCAUAGCUGUUAUGAAGUCGUUCCUAAUACACAUAAGACUUGGAGCCAAGCAGAAAGUUUCUGUCACAGCCGUGGAGGACAUUUAGCACAUAUUAGUAGCUCACAAGAGCAGAGUUUCAUCCAAGGAUUUCUGCAAAGGUAUUCACCACAACAUGCUGUUUGGAUUGGUCUCACUGACAGACAUUCUGAAGGACAUUUCCAUUGGACGUCAGGGAACGCUGUUCACUACACAAACUGGGUGCCAGGCCACAUUAGUAAUUUUGUUCAUCACAGUCAAGAGGAUUGCGUUGCUUUCAUACCUUACAAGAACGGACAAUGGGAUGAUAUCCCGUGUGGAACCACAGUCUCUACACAUCACCAUGUCCAAGCCGUCGGAGAGGUCCAUCCGGUCUUGUGCCAAUACAGUAUUUCAUCAGGACCGUCUUUCAUUGGAUAGAUGUAUAAACACUGACUUGCACUAUAUCAUAAAAUACAACAAACUC